AUGGAGAAAGUGGGGAGGAUGAAGCUGGGAUCACAAGGUCUGGAGGUGUCAGCACAGGGACUGGGUUGCAUGAGCAUGUCCAAUGGCUACUACGGUCCUGGCAAACCCGAACCCGACAUGAUAAAACUCAUCCACCACGCCAUCCAUCACGGAAAUGGAGAAAGUGGGGAGGAUGAAGCUGGGAUCACAAGGUCUGGAGUGGAGGUGUCAGCACAGGGACUGGGCUGCAUGAGCAUGUCCAAUGGCUACUACGGUCCUGGCAAACCCGAACCCGACAUGAUAAAACUCAUCCACCACGCCAUCCAUCACGGUAUCACCUUCCUCGACACCUCCGACGUCUACGGCCCUUAUGCCAAUGAAAUCCUCCUUGGCAAGGCUAUGAAAGGAGGAAUGAGAGAGAGAGUUGAAUUAUGUUCCAAGUUUGGUGUUAGUUUAGCAAGUGGGAAUAUAGAAGUACAUGGGGAUCCAGCAUAUGUGAGGGCAGCCUGCGAGGCCAGCCUAAGGAGGCUGGACACCAAUUGCAUUGAUCUUUAUUACCAGCAUCGUAUUGACACCUCUGUCCCCAUCGAAAUCACGAUGGGAGAACUCAAGAAACUGGUUGAAGAAGGUAAAAUAAGGUAUGUAGGUCUCUCAGAGGCCUCGACUUCUACAAUUAGAAGGGCUCAUGCUGUUCAUCCCAUAACAGCAGUGCAGUUAGAGUGGUCCUUGUGGACAAGAGAUGCAGAGGAAGAAAUCAUUCCUACUUGCAGAGAAUUAGGAAUUGGGAUUGUUGCAUACAGUCCUCUGGGUAGGGGGUUCUUUUCUUCAGGUGCAAAGAUGGCCGAGAACUUGACUGAGAAAGAUAUCCGAAAGGUUUGCACGCAUCAUACUUGCACUUUUCUAUGUCCACAGUGA